CGCGUUUGGACGCACCGAACAUGGUCUGUUAUCUCCACUUUCAAGGGCGGAACAUUUCGUAGGAUAUGGAGGCAAAGGUACAUAAGGCGGCUACGGGGAGGGGGCUUUGAGCUAGGUCUUCUCUUUUUCAGAGUUCAACCGCCUUGCUUUUUUCGCUCGUAAUGGCGUUGACCGAGCGCGUCGCAGAGAGGUCCAACAGUAUCGGCUCCCUCGAGAAGCUUGACCGCCUCGACCAUGAGAAGGCUGAGGCUAUCAUUGAGGCCGUACCUCUUGCGGAUUUUGAUGAUCCCAAUAUUGACAAGAACGAGGCCAUAGCUGGUGUCCUCGAGGAUGAUUCGCCUUAUCCUGAGGUUCGCUCCGCCGUAGCUAACACCGACGACCAGUCCAUCCCAUGUAACACCCUUCGUGCAUGGGUCAUGGGGCUUUUCUGGACGAUUAUCGUCCCUGGUCUCAACCAGUUCUUCUUCUUCCGUUACCCUUCGGUCAAUAUCACUGGUAUCGUCGCCCAGCUGCUGUCUUUCCCUAUGGGUCGUCUCUGGGCUCGCAUAGUACCCAACGUCAAGAUCUUCGGUGUUUCGAUAAAUCCCGGUCCAUUCACCAUCAAGGAGCACGUCUUGGUCACUAUCAUGGCGACUGUUGGUUACCAGUCCGCUUACGCUACCGACAUUGUCGCAGUUCAGCGUGUCUACUACAACCAGGUUUUCAGCUUCGGUUACCAGUGGAUGCUUGUUAUGUCGACUCAGCUCAUCGGCUUCAGCGUCGGUGGCAUCAUGCGUCGUUUCCUCGUCAACCCUCCUUCCAUGAUUUGGCCGACCAAUCUCGUCACCUGCGCUUUAUUCAACACCCUUCACGCGCAGCAGUACGCGGGCAUCGGUAACAGAGGCGGCAUUUCGCGCGAGCGGUUCUUUACCUACGUCUUCUUUGGCGCAGUCUGCUGGUAUUUCUUCCCUGGGUACAUCUUCCAAGCCCUUUCUUACUUCACCUGGGUCUGCUGGAUCGCGCCGGACAACGUCGUAGUUAACCAGCUGUUCGGGUACCAGACCGGUCUGGGCAUGUCUCUCGUGACGUUCGACUGGGCGCAGAUCGCGUACACCAUCUCGCCCCUGUCGACACCAUGGUGGGCCGAGGCGAACGUCGUUGCGGGCUUCGUGUUCUUCUUCUGGUUCCUCGUGCCGAUCCUGUACUACACCAACACGUGGUACUCCAAGUAUUUACCGAUCUCGUCGCGCGGCUCGUAUGAUAGGUUCGGGAACAGCUACAACGUGACGGCGAUCCUCAACCCAGACAACACGCUCAACGCGACCGCAUACGAAGAGUACAGUCCGCUCUUCCUGUCAACGACCUUCGCUCUGUCCUAUGGACUGUCGUUCGCGUCCAUCACAGCCACCAUUACGCACGCCGUCCUUUUCUUCCGCAAGCAGAUCUGGACGCAAUCCCGCCGCUCGAUGGACGAGCAGCCUGACGUGCACGCCCGCCUGAUGUCAAAGUAUAGACAAGUCCCCGAGUGGUGGUAUAUGAUCAUCUUCCUCGCCAUGUUCGUCUUCGGCAUCAUCGUCAUCGAGGUGUGGCCGACCGAGUUCCCCGUCUGGGGAUUCGUCCUCUCCCUCAUCAUCGCGUUCGUGUAUAUCGUCCCGAUCGGCAUGAUCCAGGCCAUCACGAACCAACAGGUCGGGCUCAACGUCGUCACCGAGCUCAUCGUUGGAUAUGCGCUCCCUGGUCGCCCGCUCGCGAUGAUGAUGUUCAAGACGUGGGGCUACAUUACCAUGGCACAGGCGCUCCAGUUCGCGAGCGACUUUAAGCUCGGGCACUACAUGAAGGUUCCGCCGCGCGUCAUGUUCUGGGCGCAGAUCGUCGCCGCCAUUCUUGCCGGCACGGUUCAGCUCGGCGUGCAGUCGUGGCUAUUCAGCAACAUCAAGGACCUGUGCAGCCCCGACCAGGCCGACGGGUUCAUUUGCCCCUCGACUGAGGUGUUCGGCACUGCGUCGAUCAUUUGGGGUGCUAUUGGCCCACAGCGCCAGUUCUCGUCGGGGCAGAUCUACAAUGGGCUAAUGUGGUUUUUCCUCAUCGGCGCCGCAUGUCCAUUCGUUGCUUGGCUUGUCUCGCUCAAGUGGCCAAACAGCUUCAUCCGAUAUGUCAACUUCCCCGUGAUAUUCACCGGCACCGGUCUUAUCCCGCCCGCGUCUGCCGUUAACUAUGUUUCGUGGGGUAUUGUCGGCUUCAUCUUCCAGUACCUCAUUCGUCGGCGCCAUUUCUCCUGGUGGACGAAGUACAACUACGUCCUCUCCGCCGCUCUCGACUCGGGCCUCGCCAUAGGCAUCGUCCUGAUAUUCUUCUGCCUACAAUACCCCAGGAACGGCACGAUUGGCCAGAACAACAUCGCCAAGUGGUGGGGCAACACCGUCUUCCUCAAAACCGCCGACGCCAAUGCUGCCGCGCUGUGGCCCAUUCCCGAACAGGGGUUUGGUCCCACGCAGUGGUAA